CCGCACUUCCUCUGCUCUGUGUGUCUUUACCGCAACACUUUCAAGAUGGGCGCUCUCGGUAUUGUGCGCAUCGUGACUCUUUCUCUUUCUCUCCUUUUUUCGAUCAUCGUCCUGGGCCUGUCGGCCCACUUGAUCUCUUUAACAUUGGAAUACUUCAACCUUUAUUUUGUUUUCUGCGCAUUGGGUGUCGCAACGGCUGUACUCACCUUCUUCACGAUUCCGGUCAUGCUGAUCGUCGACACCAUGAGACAAGGGGCAUUUACCUCUAUGGUUGUCGUUGAACUCCCUUGGCUAUUUGUACUCUGGAUUUUAUGGGUCGCGACUGGUGCUUUGACCGCGAACGCCGACGUGUUCUACUUCCCGGAAGGAUGCAUCUACAUCAACGACAUCACCCAACAGGCAUGCCAAGAGUUCAAGGCCAUUGAAGCCUUUGCGUUCCUCAACUUUAUUCUUCUUAUGAUCUAUACUAUCGCGAUCUUGGUGUGCGCAAUUGUCUCAGCCACCAGGGGCAACGAUGUCUGGCUGGGUUCCGUGAAGACGAUGGAUCUGGGCCGCAAUAACGGAACGGCAGCGCAGCCUCCCGUGAGUCAGUACGGUGGAUCCGCGGUAUCGUCGCCCCCUCCCCAGGGGCCGCCGCAUCCGACAGGCACACCUCAUUCGGCUCAGGUUUGAACCUGGCCUCAGGUCGGUAAUCAAGGGGAACGUGCGAGUUUGUUAACGGUUUACCCUGGUUUGCCAUAAUUUAUGUGUUUCGGUGAAGGUUGGGGACAUGUUCGAAUUCCUCAAUUGGUAUUUAGCGACAUAGGGGCUAUUUGUACGCGACUGUUAUCCAUCAAUCUACAAGUGACAUUCGUUGCU